UAACUUCUACCGUUUAUGUAGGGUUGAAAGUCUUGCUAUGGUAUACCAUGAACAUACUCUAGUCUGUAAUUCAUGAAAAUUCAGAGAAAAUACCAUUGCCAAGAAAAGGCCCAAGAAGACUUGUGUUUGGCUUCAGGCUCCACCCUUCUCUUUCCCAUAGGUUAUUUAAUGACCGUGCCUUGAACUUCGUUUGCCUCAUAGUUUGGAGUCAUCAUAUUUUGCAAUGGCCUUUCCUAUUCUUCAUCUUUCGUUUUCCUUGCUCAUUAUGCUACCUCCUUUUGCUGUUUCUCAAACUGGUGGUAAUAUAACUGUGGGUGCUUCCCUUUCCACUUCUGACAACACCUCAUGGCUUUCACCUUCUGGUGACUUUGCCUUUGGCUUUUAUCAACUUUAUGGCAACAAAGAUCUCUUCUUGCUUGCCAUAUGGUACGAUAAAAUACCAGACAAAACCAUAGUCUGGUAUGCAAAUGGAGAUAAACCUGCACCAACAGGGUCCAAGGCAGUGCUGACUGCCAAUCGCGGGAUUUCACUUACUGACCCUCAAGGAAGAGAGUUGUGGAGAUCCGAGACAAUCAUUGGUGAUGUUGCCUACGGUGCCAUGACUGACACAGGCAACUUCGUGCUUCGAGAUCGUGUUUCUGAUAAGCUGUGGGAGAGUUUCAAGAAUCCUGCUGACACUUUACUGCCUUCACAGGUCUUGGACAGGGGGAUGACCCUUUCUUCUCGCCAAUCAGAAACCAACUUUUCUAUGGGAAGGUUCCAGCUUAAACUUAGAGAUGACGGGAAUCUUGUGCUAGCAACAAUAAACCUGCCUAGUGAUUAUACUAAUGAACCUUAUUAUAAAAGUGGUACCGAUGGUGGGUUGGAUUCAUCGAGUCCUGGCUAUCAAGUGGUCUUUAAUGAGUCAGGAUACCUGUAUAUAUUGAGGAAGAAUGACCAAAUAUUCUCUCUAACACAGAGAGUAACUGCCUCCACUGGAGACUUCUAUCACAGAGCAACUCUCAACUUUGACGGAGUUUUCACCCAGUAUUAUCACCCAAAAGCAUCUACUGGCAAUGAAAGGUGGACACCAAUUUGGUCUCAACCAGAUAAUAUUUGCCAAGCAAGUUCUGUUAGUGCUGGCAGUGGAACCUGUGGGUUCAACAGCGUCUGCAGGCUGAAUUCAGAUGGAAGACCAAUCUGCGAAUGCCCUGGAGGAUACUCGUUACUCGAUCCAAGUGAUCAGUAUGGAAGUUGCAGACCAAACUACACACAAAGCUGUGAAGAAGAUGAGGUGGCUCCCGUGGAAGAUUUGUACGAUUUUGAAGAACUUACAAAUACGGAUUGGCCAACAUCUGACUACGCUCUCUUGCAGCCUUUCACUGAAGAAAAGUGCAGACAGUCUUGCUUGAAUGAUUGUAUGUGUGCUGUCGCUAUUUUCAGAUCUGGUGAUAUGUGUUGGAAGAAGAAGCUGCCACUCUCGAAUGGAAGAGUACAAACUAUUGUUGAUGCGAAGGCUCUUCUCAAAGUGAGGAGAAGUAAUGUCAAUCCACGAAGUCCUUAUUUCCCUAACAACAAAAAAGACAGAGACGGUUUGAUCCUGGUGGGAUCUGUGUUUUUGGGCUGCUCUGUGUUUGUGAACUUUUUGUUGGUUUGUGCAAUUUGUAUGGGUUUUUUUUUCAUCUACCGCAGGAGAACAAAGAGAAUUCCUCAGAAAGACGGUGCUGUCGAAACAAAUUUGCGGUGUUUUACUUACCAAGAGCUUGCAGAAGCAACAGAGGGGUUCAAGGAAGAGUUGGGAAGAGGAGCAUUUGGAGUUGUUUACAGAGGGGUAGUGCAUAUAGGGUAUAGCAUUGUUGUGGCUGUGAAGAAGCUAAAUAAUGUGGCAGAAGAUAGGGUGAGGGAAUUCAAGACGGAAGUAAAUGUGAUCGGCCAGACCCAUCACAAGAAUCUGGUUCGGUUGCUGGGAUUCUGCGAAGAAGGAGAUCAGCGGUUGUUGGUGUAUGAGUUCAUGAGCAAUGGAAGUCUAUCGAGUUUUAUUUUUCAAGAUGCAAAACCUGGUUGGAAGAAAAGAAUCCAAAUUGCCUUUGGAGUUGCAAGAGGACUUUUGUACUUGCAUGAAGAGUGCAGCAAUCAGAUUAUCCAUUGUGAUAUCAAGCCCCAGAAUAUACUUCUGGAUGAAUAUUACAAUGCAAGGAUAUCUGACUUUGGUUUGGCAAAGCUCUUGUUGCUGGAUCAGAGCCAGACCCAUACAGCCAUCAGAGGGACAAAAGGGUAUGUUGCACCUGAAUGGUUCAGGAACUUGCCCGUCACUGUGAAGGUGGAUGUGUAUAGCUAUGGUGUACUCCUGCUAGAGAUCAUUUGUUGCAGAAGAAAUGUGGAGAGCAAAGUAACCAUAGAAGAACAGGCAAUUUUAACAGACUGGGCAUAUGACUGUUAUCGUGAAGGGACAUUGGAUGCCCUCGUUGGAUCUGAUACCGGAGCCUUAGAUGACAUAGAAAAGCUAGAGAGGUUUCUGAUGAUUGCUUUCUGGUGUAUUCAGGAAGAUCCGUCUCUCCGACCCACCAUGAGGAAAGUUACACAGAUGCUUGAAGGAGUAGUUGAAGUACCUGUUCCACCAUGUCCAUGCCUUCUUUACGCAGCAAGUUAAAUCAGCUUUGUAGCGUUGCCAGCCCUAUUAUCUUUCUCUUGUAACCUUUCUUGAUUAUUGGCUUCUUCACCAGUGUCUUGUCCACCAUAAGUUCUUCACUUUAAGAUUAUUAGUGCUUUGUCAUUUCUGUUUUGCCUGCUACUACAAAAGGCUGCUCUGUACAUAAGUAACGCUGUAUUCGAUGCAUGCCCUAGUUUCCAAGCUGUUCUAGUUUUGCUUUA